AUGCUACUUCAAAAAUCAGUGCAGUUCGUUUUCGUUAUCGUGCUGCUACACCGCGAGGCCUUCGGUACCCUUUCUCCGUCCGAUAAGAACAAAAACAAGAAAGUAAAGGAACUAAAAGUAAAGGUUGGCCCACAAUCGACCAAUGUGUACGACAGAGACCUGGUACAGGGGGAACCGUCUGCCAAGGAUAUUAUUGUGGAAAAUGCGGCAUACUUCCUGGAUACGUCGCUGAAAUUGUUCGAGGGCAAGGUGCUAGGGUUUGUUACGCCGUGGAACAACCAUGGAUACGACGUGGCCAAAACUUGGGGACCAAAGUUUGAUUACGUGUCUCCAGUGUGGCUACAAAUCUUACGGAAGGGUCCGAAAAAGUACGAAGUGGCCGGUGUGCACGAUAUCGACGAUGGGUGGGUGAAGGAUGUGAAGAAAGCGGGCUCAUCUAUCAACAACCGUGUUGUGCCACGUGUGCUGUUUGACAAAUUCACCGAUCGGGACUUCUCUCAGCUGCUGACUUAUCCGGAGGAGCGUACCAUUGUCGCUAAGCUACUGUUGGCAACUGCCCGAAAACAUAAAUUUGACGGUAUCGUACUCGAGGUCUGGUCACAAUUAGCCGCCCGUGUUGAGGAUAACUAUCUAAUCGGGCUGGUAGAAGAAAUCUGUACCACACUGACCUCCGCAUCAUACGACUGCAUUCUUGUGAUACCGCCGGCACGGAAAGAAACGUAUGAUCUCUUCUCGCGCAAGCACUUUGAAGCACUCGCACCAUCGGUAACGGCCUUCUCGCUGAUGACGUACGACUAUUCGAGCGUACAGCGACCGGGAGCGAAUGCACCACUUUACUGGGUACGGAAUGCGGUCCAGCAUAUCUGUCCGGAUGGUACGGAUGGUAUGAGGGAGAAGCGAGCCAAAAUUCUGGUUGGUCUGAACAUGUACGGUAGCGAUUUUACACCGAACGGUGGUCAACCGAUAGUGGCGCACGAGUAUUUGGCACUGUUGAAACAUCUAAAGGGUCAUCUGACGUACGAUGAGCAUGAUGUGGAGAACUUUUUCGAAGUGAAGACCUCCACUGGGCGCCAUAUGGUAUUCUAUCCGACACUAUUUUCCAUUGACGAAAGGCUUAAGCUGGCCCGAGAGCUUGGGACUGGCAUUUCCAUAUGGGAGCUUGGACAAGGGUUGGAUUAUUUCUAUGACCUUUUCUAA